GUAUUGCAAUAGCAUAGCUGGUUUCGUGCGUCCACUACUAUGCUAUUAUUUAUAGUCCUCUCUAUCAUAUCAUUGUAACUCAGAGGGCUCGAUUUGCACAGUAUAAAAGCACUGUUUUUUUUGUAUACCAUGUGCCUAUAUCACCACAAAUAUUCUCUUUUGGCUGUGUCAUAGAUCCUCCCUAUCCUCUCUUCACCUCGAGUGACAGUAGACACAACUCGGUUCUUGAACUGGCUACAAUCGCAAGAGAUCGUCUUGAUUUGUCUUGUCUGGACUGGUGCUACCACAUUGACUCCUAGUACAGCUAAGCAAGCACUGUUAUCUCUGUUGGCUAUACAAGCCGUUUCCAACAUCUUCUUGGCAUCAUGCAGAGGAAUCAAGUAGCUGAAGCAAAUCUUCCCCAAUACCCAGGUGAUGAUAUACGUCCCACGAGUAAGAAGGAGCUCGUCGGUUGGUACAGCUAUGGGUGGGCAGCAGAGGUUUUUGCUGUAUGUGCCAUGGGGUCAUUUCUCCCCAUUACCCUGGAGCAAAUGGCUCGGGAACGUGGAGUCCUUCUAUCGGAUCAAUCAAUCCCAUGUAGUGCAAGCUGGAAUCACUCAAGAAGCCAUGCACAACCAGCCCUUCUGUAUGAGAAAUCUGGGGCACACAGGGUAGCCCAGUGCGUUGUUAAUGUUCUAGGAUUUCAAGUGAACACUGCAAGCUUUGCUAUGUAUACGUUCUCGGUGAGUGUCUUUGUUCAGGCUAUUCUGAUUGUGUCAAUGUCGGGUGCUGCCGACCAUGGGAGUCAUCGCAAAAUGCUUCUGGUGCUUUUCGCUUUCGCUGGCUCCGCUGCCACCAUGGUUUUCCUUGCAAUCUCGCCGAGCUUAUAUAUCCUAGGUGCGCUGUCUGCAGUUGUAGCCAACACUUGCUUCGGGGCCUCUUUCGUGCUUCUCAAUUCGUUCUUGCCCUUGUUAGUCCGUCAUCACCCUUCGUUAUUGGCAAAAGAAGUCGAUGGCUCUCCUGUACCGGUCAGUACAACUAUCAGCCACAGCGAUGCCCCAGCAUGUACCGCUCCACGCGGUGAACCAGCGGAGACGACUCCGCUGUUUCGAUCCAAUCGUUUGCGUCAUAUAGCAGAUUCCCAACAUCUCCUUGCCCGAAAUAACCAAGAACUCGAAAUUUCGUCUACAAUCUCCUCCUAUGGAAUCGGCAUUGGCUAUAUUGGUGCGGUGAUACUACAAGGAAUCUGCAUUGCUGUGGUCUUCGCGACGAAGCAAAGUACUUUCUCGCUGCGUCUUGUGCUAUUCUUGAUCGGGGCUUGGUGGUUUUUCUUCACGAUUCCUGCGGCGAUAUGGCUGCGUUCUCGACCAGGGCCACCUCUUCCUUAUGUCUCGCACGGCAAAAAGCGUGGAUCGUGGGGUGGCUAUUUUAUAUAUGCCUGGAAAUCUCUUGGCCAGACAGCAAUGCGCACUCGGCACAUGAAAGAUAUUCUGUUGUUUCUCGCGUCUUGGUUUCUACUCAGUGACGGGGUUGCAACUGUCAGUGGAACGGCUGUCCUCUUUGCUAAAACACAGCUUGGUAUGCAGCCUGCUGCAUUGGGCUUGAUUAAUGUGGUUGCAAUGGCGGCGGGUGUCAUCGGCGCAUUCUCCUGGGGCUAUGUUGCGCGGUUUUUUGGCCUUAGUGCAUCGCAAAUCAUCAUUCUAUGCAUUUUGCUUCUUGAGAUUGUGCCGCUCUAUGGACUGCUAGGGUUCAUCCCAGCCAUCAGAGAGCUGGGUUUCUUGGGUCUCCAGCAACCUUGGGAGAUGUAUGCGCUGGGCAUCGUUUAUGGGCUUGUCAUGGGAGGAUUAUCUUCAUAUUGUCGGAGUUUCUUCGGGCAGUUGAUACCCACAGGCUACGAGGCAGCGUUUUACGCCCUUUAUGCUAUCACCGACAAAGGAUCCAGCAUCUUUGGUCCAGUGAUUGUUGGAAUCGUUACGGAUCGCUAUGGUGAAAUCAGACCUGCGUUCGUCUUUCUUGCGAUCCUUAUUUUGUUCCCACUGCCACUCAUGCUACUUGUGGAUGUUGACCGUGGGAAGCGAGAUGCUCUGGCACUCGCAACUGAAUUGGCUGGUGAAAGAGAAGUACUAGAGCCACUAGCUUAUGGAACGGUUCCAUGUGACUCCACUUACGGUGAACCACCAGCCAUGGAAAGCGAAUGAGCAAUGAGAUGUGGAGUAAUGCAUACAGUAUUCACAUUAUACUACUCCGUAGGUAGUCUAGCAGCGAUUUGAUACUUCUAUUUUUCAUAUGUACUCUAUCUCGUCCCUUCUGUUCUACUUAUGUUUCGAAAUAGUGAUUGGC